AAUUGUUCUGUUGGUAAUCAUUUCAGGGCGGGUACUGUGUGAUGUGACGUACUAGUGGGUGUUACUGUUUGGAUGUGUUUAAUUUUUUAUGUGCAUUUGUUUUAUUGAGUGUGUUUAAAAAUGUCUUGUAGUUUACGCCUAAUUUCUGUGGUUUUCGUCGUUACGGGGAGUAUGAUAUGCUGCAACGCAUACACGCAGGGGCAUCCGGAUAUUGAUAUGCUGGAGAAGAUGACUUGGUGUACUACAAGUUCAGCUGAACAAAGGAAGUGCAAGCAGUUUGCUGAUGCAGUUGACAGGGACAAAGCCCUGUUUGGUCCAGAUUUAAUGAAACUUGACUGUGUUCAAGCUUUUAGCAGAGAGGAGUGUAUGACACUGUUGGAUGAAGAAAAGGCAGAUAUUAUUAGUCUUGAUGCAGGUGAAGUCUUCAUUGGUGGCCGGUAUCAUAGUCUUGUUCCUAUAAUGCAAGAAGUUCAUAAAGAUGGUCAGUUAUUCUACUAUGCUGUGGCUGUGAUGAAACGUGGGAACAUGUCUGAUGUGCACAGUCUGAAUGCUCUACGUGGCAAGCGUGCCUGCUUUGGGAGUGUUGGAACGAUGGCAGGCUGGGUUAUACCUGUUUAUACUCUUAUGAGAGAAGGUGGAAUGGAAGUGAUAGAUUGCAAUAAUCAUGUGAAAUCAGCCAUAAACUUUUUUGGCCCAAGUUGUGCUGUGAAUUCUUUGAUAGAUAAAUAUAAUCCGAUUGGUGAUAACUCUGACCAGCUGUGUCAGCUUUGUGCUAGUACAGUUCCUGGGCAACGUUGCACAAGUGCUGAUCCAUAUGCUGACUCUGAGGGUGCCUUCCAGUGCCUUCUUGAAGCUGGUGAUAUUGCUUUUUUAAAACAUACAACAGUGGACUCGAUGCUGGGUACUGGAUCAAAUUUUGCUGGGGUACUGAGAACAGAUUUUGAAUUAUUGUGUCGUGAUGGAAGUCACAGAACACUUGAUGAAUACGCAAACUGCAACUGGGGGAGAUCGCCAACAAAUGCUGUGGUUACCACAUCAGCAAAAAAUGUGGACAUGCGAUAUCGUUACCAAAAGUUUCUAAAAAAAGCUGUUCAGCUGUAUGGUAAAAAGCCAGUGGCAAGACCAACUUCCAGUACUACAAAUCAAAAUGGAUUUUUUGGAACAACUAAUGAUGUGACAUCAACUGAGGCUGUUCCAAUUGAAUCAUUUCAGCUGUUCUUUAGUCCAGGCAAUGAGAGUUUUGUGUCACAUAAUCUGCUGUUUCAGGAUGAGACAGAAAACCUCUUUGACAUAAAAGAAUCAUCCCAGACAUAUAAAGGCUAUCUCUCUGACCUGUCGAUGAAUAUGAUUCUCGGGGUACGAAAAUGUCCAGUGGCACAAAUGAGACUUUGCGUUACAUCUGAAGCUGAACUGGACAAAUGUGUGAAAAUGAGGAUUGCACUGAAAGCUCAGCUAUUGAAACCAGAGAUGGUCUGCUACAAGGGACAUAGCCAAAUCCAUUGUAUGCAGGCAAUAGCAUCUGGGAUAGCAGAUGUUGCCGUUUUUGAUGCAGGAGAUGUUUAUACUGCUGGUCUCAAUUAUGGGCUUGUUCCAUUUUUAUCUGAAGUAUAUAAUUUGGGUGCUCCCGAGUAUUAUGCUGUUGCUGUGGCGAAAGAACAAGACCCUAGCACAGAAAUCACAUAUUUGAAAGGAAAAUAUACUUGCCAUACGGGUAUUAACACAGGAGCUGGAUGGGUUGUACCUCUGGCGUAUCUAAUUUCCAAUGGCUGGAUGCGUAGCUAUGGUUGUAAUUCCAUCCGAGCAGCAGCAGAAUACUUUGGGAAGUCAUGUGUUCCAGGUGCACUUAGCAAGGAAUAUAACACAGCUCUUCCAUAUGAAAACAUGUGCCAUCUUUGCCAUGGAGUCAGUUUCAGAAAUUGCCGAAGGGAUGCAUCGGAGGACUACUAUGGUCACACAGGAGCUUUCCGCUGCUUGGUUGAAGGGGGUGGAGAUGUUGCCUUUGUGAAACACACAACUGUAAUGGAAAACACUGAUGGCAAGCGCAGAGAAUGGUGGGCUCGCAAUACUCUCACUGAUGAUUUUGAACUCCUGUGUCCAGAUGGUACCCGAGCAAGUAUGCAUGAAUAUGAGCGGUGCAACUUGGGAAAAGUGAAAGCUAAUGCAAUUGUAGCAAGAGGCAGAGAUGCUUACAAUGAAACAGAAAUUAAUGCCUUCAUCAACUUGUUCAUAUAUGCCCAGCAAUUCUAUGGUCGCAAGGACCCAGAUGAAUUCACUUUUAGCAUGUUCCAGUCACCACCUCCAUACAGUGAUCUCAUAUUUCAAGAUGCAGCACAAUUAUUACAAGUUGUGCCACCUUCGCAACGUAAUUACGGUGAUUACUUGGGAGAUGACUUCCUUCGUGCCCGAAGAAUUGUUGACUGUCAGGCAGGAGCAGCAACAGCGUAUCUGUCUUUCUUAUCAGCAAUAUUUGCUUUACUUCUGGCUCGAUUAUAAUUUCAAAGAGCAAAUUUUUUGCUGCUAGUGCCAGGCAUGGCAAUUACUCAGUUGAGGCAUCCAAUGAAAUGAAAGCUUUGCCACAAAAUGAAAAAAUGACCUAUAUGACCUAUUCUAGUGGCUUUGGUGGCCUAGUGGGUGCAAUCCCAGAUAGGGGUCAGGAUUUUCCCUCUUUCUGGUACCUACCGGAUGAGCCCAUGUCCACUCGAGCUUGCUAUCAGAUAAGUACUGCUGAUCUUUCCUAGGAAUUAAAAGGCGGCUGUGACAGUGAGCCUGCCAUCCUCCCCCUCCUAGUGUCAGGGAGAAGAAAGUCUGUAAUGUACCCACAGUCAGGCCAGUAGCCCAGUCACAGAUCUUACCUUUUACUUUUUUAUUAUUUGUCUACAAUUUCCUUCCUUACUCUUGUGUAAAACCUCCACGAGAGAGGGAGAUAUUCCACUGAGUACAUCAUUUCUCCAAAACAAUUCUUUUCAGUGGAAUUCUCACAGCAUUGGGAUUGUUUAUAAUGGACUUGGAAGGCAUUCAUAUACUGUCUUUCCAGCAGGGAUUACAUCUAUUUUGGAUUCUGCUUGAGACACUCACUGGGCUUGUUAUUUUUUAUAUUUUAUAUUGUACAUCUUCACCAAAACAUCAACCUUUUCAGAACUUCAUAAGAUUAUUUUUGUUUUGAUCUGUUGUGUCUAUAUGAGCCAGUAUCUGUGGAAGUUACACCAAUAUAAAUUGGACUGGGUGUGCGAAAACAUUUUUUCUUAUGAAGGCCAUCAGCCUUGACACUGACUACUCUGUAACAAAUGCAUUACUCACUGGAAUAUAAAUAUUACUACUUUCCAUAUACGGUGAUCAUCAUGUUAUAAGAACUGAAAAUCAUCCACAUUGACAAACCUGUGGCUUUUCAAGCAUACACUUGUGCUAGGUGCUAAUUACAGAGAUAUCUGUAUACCAAUCUGCUAGCCAUUCAUUGGACAUGUAAAAUAGUUGUAGGAAACUGUUUUCCUAUAAAAGUAUAUGUGUCAACUGUAAACCAUUGUCAUCAAAAAUUGAUUAAACUGCUGCUCAGGGCUACUUGUUCUCAGGCUUUUAUUGGAUGCCUGAAUUGUUAUUGCUAUGGAGUGUGUGGCACAUGGUAUUGCUAUGGAGUAUGUGGUACAUGUACAUGUAAAAGAGAGCUUUAAAGAAAAUCAAUUAGUGUAAUGUAAUCUAAUGUGUAUCAUAUUAUGAUAUGUCUGUUGUAAUUGAACACAUACAACUGAAGAAAAGUGCUUUUAUAGCUGUGAAUAUUUGAGGACUGUUUGUUCACCCAUUUCGUAUUUAAGAACUUCAUUUCAACAUCACACAAGAUUACUGUUACAUUCCUGUUUCCUUCUUAAGUAUUCAAUCUGAAUAACAGUUUGAUGGGUGAGAACUUAUACCAUUAAUUCCCUCCGUAGAGAUAAUUUAGAGUACUCCUGUCCAUUGUCCACUAUUUACGUACAUGUUGAUAUAUUUUUAGUGUUGGUUUUUAUGAUUAAAUAAUGUGAUGAUUUUAUCCGUAGAAAUAUUUAUUUAGUUACAAUUUUUAUAUUGCAUUUACAUUUUAUUGUGGAUACUGGCUCUACAAUCUUCCCUCUUGUACCUAUGGGAUCAAAAGCAUUACCUAAUUAAAUAUUGAUUUGAGGGGAAGAUUGUUAGAGUGUUAUAAUGUUCAUGUUAGUUUAAUAUUCAAUAAUGAAUGCAAAAUUUGUUUUGAUCUGAAAUUAUAGCCUUUGGUUUAAAGGCAUGAGGAUGAUCUAUCCUUCUCUUUUUUUUUUUUACUCAAAAAUGGCUGUUACCAACCACUUUAGAUUUGAACCUGUAUCAGGCAGCUAUUUUUUCAAAUGACACUUUAUUUUUAUAAGUUCUUUAGUUAUUUAGUAUAGAAGAAAAUUUUAUCAUUAUUUUUAGCUGUGCAGUAUUAAUGCAGUUUUAUAAUCCGUCCAUUGCUGAUGAAGCCUGUCACUUGUCAGCAUAGUAAUUAAUGACUGUGAAGAUUUUAUGCUGUAAAGAUUGUAUGCUAUUUUAUGCUCACAGUAUGUGUCUGAAGAUGUUUUUAUAUGUUCUCAGUAAAUUAAAUGUAAUAAAAUCUCAGUUCUACAAAUUAACAAAAACAAUUUUUGCUAAAUAUCUUGUUAUGUAAAUAUAUGUCAAUGUGUCAUAAAAACAGGCUUUUGAAGAAAAUUAUAGUAGUUUUUCAGUACUGAGAAAAUUUAAAAUUCUUAUUUCUUCAAAAGAACCUUUUCUUUUAAUUCCAUUGUGCACAAUUUUACGUGAAGAAAGGUCUCAUAUUUUGACCAUGAUUGUAGUUCGAAUGAAUGGAUACUUAGCCUUUGUCAGACAUUCCAAAUAAGGAAUUUAUGAAAUAAAGCCAGAAACUAUAAAUUACCAUUUUGUGAUUUCCACUUAAAUCACCUUCUGCU